CCGCUGCGGGCCGGACGAGGCUGUUGGCGCUGUCUUCUCUCUCCAUGCUGCGGUCGCGUCCCGGCCGCUGCCGGCCCCGCUCCGUCCCUCCCUGCCGCAGCACGUUGUGUGUCCUGGAGAUGCAGAAACCAUGUAGCAGAAAGCUCUGAGCAGUUGUGGAUUAUCACUUCCUCCCAUCAGCAGCAAAAACUGAAGAAUGAAGGUGCCUGGAUUUAUUUCCCUAUGGACGUUGACUUCACUGCUUUGUGGCCAGUUAGGAAAUACUGCAGAGCACGAAGAUGUAGUAAAGCACGCAAUCAAGCUGCACCGUGGGAAAGGAGCUGUUAUUACUCAGCGAAAGCAGUGGGUGAUGGAGAGCUGCAGAAAACUAUCUGGUCUCCUUCGCCAGAAGAAUGUUGUGCUCAACAAAUUAAAAAAUGCUAUAAGAGCGGUUGAGAAAGAUGCUGGGCUGUCAGAUGAAGAGAAACUUUUUCAGGUGCAUACCUUUGAAAUUUUCCAAAAGGAACUCAACGAAAGUGAAAACUCAGUCUUUCAGGCAAUCCAUGGCCUUCAGAGAGCUCUACAGGGCGAUUACAAAGACGUUGUAAAUAUGAAAGAAAGCAGUAGGCAGAGACUGGAAGCCUUGAGAGAAGCUGCAAUUAAGGAAGAAAUGGAAUACGUUGAACUCUUAGCAGCAGAAAAGCAUCAGGUUGAAGCCCUGAAGAACAUGCAGCAUCAAAACAAAAGCCUGUCAAUGCUUGAUGAAAUUCUUGAAGAUGUCAGGAAGGCAGCUGAUAGACUAGAGGAAGAAAUUGAAGAACACGCCUUCGAUGACAACAAAUCUGUAAGAGGUGUUAACUUUGAAGCUGUUUUAAGAGUGGAAGAAGAUGAAACCAACUCCAAAAGAAAUGCUUCAAAAAGAGAAGUAGAGGAUGACUUAGGUCUUAGUAUGCUCAUUGAUUCCCAGAACAAUCAGUAUAUCCUUACCAAGCCCAGGGAUUCAACCAUUCCUCGUGCUGAUCAUCACUUCAUAAAGGAUAUUGUGACAAUAGGAAUGUUGUCUUUGCCAUGUGGCUGGCUAUGCACAAUGAUAGGAUUGCCAACUAUGUUUGGGUACAUCAUCUGUGGCGUACUGUUAGGACCAUCUGGAUUAAAUAGCAUUAAGUCUAUUGUGCAGGUGGAGACAUUAGGAGAAUUUGGUGUAUUCUUCACUCUCUUUCUAGUUGGUCUGGAAUUUUCUCCUGAAAGACUAAGAAAGGUGUGGAAAAUAUCUUUGCAAGGACCCUGCUACAUGACGGUUCUGAUGAUUGCCUUUGGUUUAUUGUGGGGACACUUGCUCCAAAUCAGACCGACACAAAGUGUCUUCAUUUCCACUUGUUUGUCUUUAUCAAGCACACCAUUGGUGUCAAGAUUUCUUGCAGGUACUGUUCGAGGAGAUAAAGAAGGGGAUAUUGACUACAGCAGUGUACUACUUGGCAUGUUGGUGAUGCAGGAUGUGCAGCUCGGCUUAUUUAUAGCUGUUAUGCCUACACUUAUUCAAGCAGGGGUGAGCACACAUUCCAGGUACCGAAUUUCAGACAUCUGUGGAAUGAGAUCUUUUCAGUCAAGGAAAACUGGUUUAGAGGCAAGAGAGCAGUUGAAAGAAAUGUUCUGUUUGUUCUUCUCUUCCAGCAUUUUCAAGGAAAUACUGAGAAUACUGAUACUGAUUGGCCAAAUUCUCUUUUCUCUGGCUGCUGUUUUUCUUAUAUGUCUUGUUAUAAAGACUUAUCUCAUAGGACCGUAUUAUCGCAAGUUGCAUGCAGAAAGCAAAGGGAAUAAGGAAAUCCUCAUUCUAGGAAUAUCUGCAUUCAUCUUCCUAAUGUUAACGAUCACAGAGCUGCUGGAUGUUUCAAUGGAGCUGGGAUGCUUCUUAGCUGGAGCUCUGAUCUCUUCUCAGGGUCACAUGGUUACUGAGGAGAUUAUGACCUGUAUUGAACCAAUACGUGACUUUCUUGCCAUCAUUUUCUUUGCAUCCAUAGGACUUCAUGUUUUCCCCACGUUUGUAAUAUACGAACUCACAGUGUUACUCUUCCUUACAUUGUCUGUGGUCAUAAUGAAGUUUGUCUUGGCAGUGCUGGUCCUUUCUCUGAUUCUUCCAAAGACCAGCCAGUAUAUCAAAUGGAUUGUCUCAGCAGGACUGGCACAAGUCAGUGAAUUCUCUUUUGUUCUGGGAAGCAGAGCACGCAGAGCAGGGAUCAUAUCUCGGGAGGUCUAUCUUCUUAUUCUGAGUGUGACUACUCUAAGCCUUUUACUUGCCCCUGCCCUGUGGAGAGCUGCAAUUAUGAAAUGUGUUCCAAGGCCUGAAAGACGCUCAAGUACUUGAUAAGACUUGCACAUGAACAAGAACACAUCUUCUUGCAAACAUAUCUUCAUUGCUCAUUGUAUUUCUAUGCACUUGGAAAACGAGAGGUUUUCAGUAGUCCUCUUAACAUGCACUUGGUAAUAAGCCUUACACUGACCUUAAAACAAAAUUCAACACUAAAGAAUUGUUUGAUUUUAAUUGCACGCCUCUUACAAAACUGGCUUUCUCUGACAGAUUAGGAUCUGCCAGACUAUUUUUUUUAUCUGAUCAAUUAUGCAGUCUAAAUUAUUUUUUUAACUGUAGCAUCAUGCAAAUUUUGUUGAUUAUUUUUUUUUUUGCCUGAAUGUGCCUUUUAAUUCUCAUCCUCCUUUCGUUACUGUUAAUUCACCACCAGAUUUUGUUUAAAAAAGAAAAAGAAAAAAAGUGUACUAUGGUGCCUAUGGUAUCUCCUUCCAUUAAAUGACUUGAGUCAUUUUUGCAUUUAGGAAUGAGUUCAUUAGAGCAGUGUAAAUUCAAUCACAAAACAAAUCUGUAAUGGUGAGUAAAAGUCUUAGUCCUUUCUACAAAGUUUAACUGUUAGUAUCAAACUGUUUUAAGCAGUCAAAUACGUAUUCCAAAUGAUGCAGCCAACAUUGUGUGCUACUUUGUUCCAAAUUACAGCAUAUAAUGUGUUUUCUUUCAGUGGUAACUUCUGUUUGUGUUAGUUCUUGCAUUUAUUUACAUACUUGAUUAUAAGUUGAUGGUGAAAAAGGGCAUAACUUAAGUUAUAUUUGAAGACUGACAGUUGUCAUGCAUUCCUGUUCCUAGCUACUGUUACAGUAAUUGUUUACAGUUUUGUUUGUUUGUUUUAAAUCCAAAAUAAACUUAGUAGAUAUGGAUAGUCUAAUUUCAAGCAGAUGUUUUUAAAAAAAAAUCACUGCAGAGGUUGGAUGUUAUUUAUAAUAUUCUGCAUUUGAAAUUAUUUUGAGUAAAUUAAUUUGCACAAAACUAGAAAGGGCAGCUUGAAUAUGUAUUUGGGACUCCACAACUUUAUACUUUGCAUUUAUAUUGAAUAAAUUGUUAGUCUUUUAAAAUAUCAUGAUAUUUAAAGAAAGAUUGAAUGUGAUCUUAGAUGUAAGUGCUUUGUUCUUUAAAACAUUAUAGAUAAACAGGAUGCACCUUGUAAAAGCCUAUUCCAGAAGAAUCAUAGAGAAGAUUUAAUUCAUAGACUGUAGUCUACUCUGACAAUUUAAAAAUCAUCCUGAGGUUUAUCUGUUUAAAACAAUGCUAUUAAAAUAUAUUAACACUUCAGGUCAGUAUUAUACUGUCAUUUGAAACAACUUUGAUGCCCACCAAACAGCUAGAAAAAUGUAUGUUAUGUAGGUUUAAAUUGCAAAUUAAAAUGGAAGGCUGCCUUCCUUCUGUUUUAUCA